CGCUCUGCAGGGGCAGACACCGGUGGAGAAGGACUCAUUGUUUACACGUUUUAACUAGAAACCUGACAGGGAAGUAUGACUAUGACCUGGUGGUUAUCGGCGGUGGUUCAGGAGGCCUUGCCUGCUCCAAAGAAGCUGCACAGCUGGGACAGAAGGUGGCUGUUUUAGAUUACGUGGAGCCGUCUGUUAAAGGAACCAAGUGGGGUCUCGGUGGUACAUGUGUUAAUGUCGGCUGCAUCCCUAAGAAGCUCAUGCACCAGGCUGCUCUGCUUGGCACCGCGGUGAAGGAUGCUAAGAAGUACGGCUGGCAGAUCUCAGGGCCAAUCUGCCACGACUGGGCCACCAUGGCGGAGGCUAUUCAAAACCACGUCAGGUCUCUGAACUGGGGGCACAGAGUUCAGCUCCAGGACAAGAAGGUGAAGUAUCUGAACGUCAGAGGAAGUCUGCUGGAUGAACACACCGUUAAAGGAUUAACUAAAGCAGGGAAGCAGACUAUCCUGACGGCCAAGAACAUCGUGAUCGCCACAGGUGGACGACCCAACUACCCCACUAAUAUCCCAGGAGCGAUGGAGCACGGCGUCACCAGUGACGACAUCUUCUGGCUGAAAACGUCGCCUGGGAAAACGCUUGUGGUUGGAGCCAGCUACGUGGCUCUGGAGUGUGCAGGCUUCCUCAAAGGCAUUGGCUUGGACACCACAGUGAUGGUCCGCAGCAUCGCCCUCCGGGGGUUUGAUCAGCAAAUGGCAGGUCUAGUGACCGACUACAUGGACACAUAUGGGACCAAGUUCAUAUGGAAGUGUGUCCCAAAGCGAGUGGACAAACUCUCCUCGGGAGUCCUGCAGGUGACCUGGACUGACACCCUCACGGGCAACGAGCACAAGGACACCUACGACUCUGUGUUGUGGGCAGUCGGCAGAGCCCCUGAAACUAAAGCCCUGGGCCUGGACAAGCUUGGCGUGCAACUCAAAAAGGACACGGGGAAAAUAGUUGUGGGUGCUGACGAGUCCACCUCGGUGCCAAACAUCUACGCUUUCGGUGACAUCGGCGAGGGUCGUCCUGAAUUGACCCCAACGGCCAUUAAAGCGGGAAAGCUUCUCGCCCGCAGACUGACUGGUCACAGCACUGAACUCAUGAACUACGACAACGUGCCCACCACAGUGUUCACCCCCCUGGAGUACGGCUGUGUGGGUGUAUCUGAGGAGGAGGCUGAGAAGAGACUUGGGAAAGACGGCAUCGAGGUCUACCACGCGUUCUACAAGCCGCUGGAGUUCACUGUCGCAGAGCGCGAUGCCAGCCAGUGUUACUUAAAGGUGGUGUGUGAGCGGGGCGGAGACCAGAAGAUCCUGGGGCUGCACUUCACCGGUCCGAGCGCUGGAGAGGUCACACAGGGCUUUGCUCUGGGCCUCCAGUGUGGAGCAACAUAUUCUCACCUGUUGCAGACGGUAGGCAUCCACCCAACCUGUGCCGAGGAGGUGACCAAGGUCAACAUCAGUAAGCGGUCCGGCUUGGACGCCACGGUAACCGGCUGCUGAGGUUAAGCGCCUCGGUCUCUGAGCACUAGUGAGCACACAGGUCCCUCUGGGGUGUUAGGGUUAGCCUGGGCUUCUCCUGCUCUCUCUCCUUGUCCCUCUCCUUCUCUGUGCCCCAGCUUCACAGUCCCCUCUCUGGGUCUCUCCAUAGUCCAGUCCCUCAUCACGGGCUGCCCAGGUUACUGUCACUGACACAUGAUGUGAUAACAGGACUGUGAUUAUCUCUUAUAGGUUGUGCAUGUUGCGUGUGCUGUAGAGGGUUAUAGAUCAGGUUAGUGAGAGCCGUGUCUGCAGAGCGAGCGUCUUAAAUAAACAGGCUCAUCAAUCAGGAUCAAGGUCUGCGCUCAGGGUUUUGUUGAACUCGUACGAGAACCGUGGACCGAACCCGAACGUUUUUCUGAAUAUAUAUUCUGCAAAUAUUGUUGUUUCCCCGGCUGUACUUCCUGUCCAUUAGUCUUGGAGGUGACACAUACCAUACACCCCCGCAAGCCCCCCCUCCCCCCAUGACACUGAUGGAUGGCCCCAGGGCCGUCGCUGCAGCGACACCGCCCCAUUUCCCAUGGACACACACAAACAGUCGGUGGGCCGCCUGUCAGUCAGCUAAGACCUGGCCAGGGAGCCGCGGCUUGUUUAGGGCCCAGCAGACUCCUUCCUUUUCCUCCCAUGACCUUCUCCGUCCCACUGCAUGAAAGAAUAGACUGGGACUCCAAACAUGUGCUGUUAAAAGCUGUGUGGAGGCAACUCUACCUGUUGACAGCAGUGCUGCGAGAGCUCUGCUCUAACUGUACUGCUCAGACUCACCUGAAGGUGGCACUGUUGCCCUCCACUUCUCCCCGCUUUGUCUCAGCCAAGAAGACAGGAUCAAGUAGUCACUGGAUAAAACAUAAGCCUGAAUACAUUGAGGUUGCACUAUUUAAUCCCUUUAAUCCCUUGAAGAGAUAUGUGCUUUUGGAUGACGUUUGAGAGCAGACUGGCUUUAUUGGUGCCAAACUGAUAAAGGUUAUCUGUUGUGUAUUUACAUGGAUGGCAGGUUAGCCUGCAGAGUCAUCACCCGUGUAGAUAAGGCAAGUUGUUUAUAUCAAUAAAGCAGUAAUAGGCCUCCACCGUUUGCCAAAGUGCACAAAUGUUCAACCUGCUGGCUGUGCUGGACAUCUUGGGUUUGUUAAGUAGAGGAUGAGGAGGAGGAGGAGGAGGAGGGCUGUCAAUAAAGUGGUUUGCUGCAGACAUCGGGGGACUAGCAGGAGGCUGCGGGGCGUAGUUUAUUUUUAUUUGAAGUCUAAUCUGCCCAGUCUGAUUAAUGAUUCCGAUGAGGGGAGUGACAGUG